AGCAGCUGGGAGCUAUUUUACCACGUGACGCGGAGAAGCUCGAGAGUAGCCAUCAUUAAUUUCACCCAAAUCAUGUUCAACCUAAAAUGGUAUUAUUAGGUAAGUCUAGUAGGGCUACGGUGAGGAGGCAAACCACCAUGGCGUAAGGUUAAAACCGUGAACUCGAAGCCGUGUACCUCGUCUCAUUUGCCAUCAUUGUCCCACCGUUUAAAUAGUUAUAAGGGAGACCUCCAGCCCCCAUCUGCCCUGGCCUUGACCCGCUGUUCCCUAGAGACGCCCAGCCGGGUCUGGAGCUGCACCGUGGUGGACGGGGUCUGCAGCUGAUUUGCUCUCCCCCGUUUGACCUAAGCAGGGGGGGGAGACGGGGGGAGUAGGGGGUGCGGUCAGAGCCCACUCUGAGCAUGGGGCAGAAGGUCCCCGGGGGCAUCAAGAGCAUUGACAUGCGGGACCCAGCGUUCAGCCCCCUAAAGCUGGAGCUCCAGGCCCUGAACCACACCAAACCGUCCCGGCUGGACCUGCUGCUGGACAUGCCGCCGUCGGGCUCCGACGUCCAGGCGCAGCACUCGUGGAACGACGAGGACCGCUCACUAAACAUCUUCGUCAAGGACGACAACCGGAUGAUUUUCCACCGGCACCCGGUGGCGCAGAGCACGGACGCCAUCCGGGCCCGCGUGGGCUACACGCGCGGACUGCACGUCUGGGAGAUCAGCUGGGCCAUGCGGCAGCGCGGCACCCACGCCGUGGUGGGGGUGGCGACGGGCGAUGCCGCCCUCCACUCUGUGGGCUACACUGCCCUGGUGGGCAGCAACACUGAGUCGUGGGGCUGGGACUUGUGCCGCAGCAAGCUCUACCACGACGGGAAGAACCGGCCGGGCAAGACCUACCCAGCCUUCCUGGAGCCCGACGACACCUUCAUCGUACCGGACUCGUUGCUGGUUGUUCUGGACAUGGACGAGGGAACUCUGGGCUACGUCGUGGACGGACAGUACCUAGGGGUGGCCUUCCGUGGACUCAAGGGCCGCAAGCUGUACCCCGUUGUGAGCGCCGUUUGGGGCCACUGUGAAAUCAGGAUCCGGUACAUCAACGGGCUCGAUCCGGAGCCUCUCCCUCUGAUGGACCUGUGCAGGUGCUCCAUCAGGGUGGCACUGGGGAAGGAUCGCCUGAGCGAGAUCCAGGGCUUACCGCUUCCAGCGUCCCUCAAAAACUACCUUCUCUACCAAUGACCAAUGGCUGACAAUCACGGCAUACACAUAAUCGCACACUCCUCCCCUUCCUUGCAUCUCUCUGGGAUCCCAUUUGGUUUCAACCUACUUUACCACACUACUACAGAUUAUAUCUAAUCAUCCUUUCUGUUUUUUGGUUCCCCCCCAACCCACUCCGCUCACACAAAAUCGAACCUCAGUCAAUAGCACUGCUUUUCAUGUUUUGACAAGUGCUCAGAUGACAAGACCUGCAUUGCUCUUGGGCUUUGUACCCUACACUGUCUUCUUAAAAUUCACAAAAGUGAGUAUUCCCUAAAGUCGGACAUCAGGACUCACUGAACACUAUGCAGAUGCUGGGUUCGCGGUCGCCUGUGAACACUCGCUUUCAAUAAUGCACCUCUUUCAGUUGUGACGGUGAGGUGGGAUGACUCAUUGGUACCUCUGCUGUAACCGUCAGACCUCUUGGGAAUCUAGGAAUUAUGAAUUUACCCCAUGGGUUUUUAAAGAUGGAUGCGUCACACAUUUUGUGUGCAAACGAGCUGAUGAAAUUAAAUAGUAGCUUUUUCGAUUUGGAGGUUGGAGCGAUGUGCUCUUAGUGUCUGGCCACAAGAUGGCAGCAUUAUCUUACAUGGACACCACCUCAUUGAUAUUAAAAGUACCCUCAAUAAGUUGGCUUUUAGAAAACUUGCAUUUUUAAACAAACUAAUAGGAUUUGCUGGAGAGGUGAUGAUCAACCGACUUGGUAUACAGUCUACAGUAGGGCUUUUGAUGCACCAUUGUGUAGCAUUUGCGAGUACUGCUAUGGUAAACUUCAUUCAGCAGUCACCCAAACUCCAGAUUCUCUUUUCUCUUUGCACUCUUCACCAUCAGGUUUCUCUGCAAUAUGGAAGUGCCUGUUUGUUUACCAUUAGGGUAUCUGACUGGGGCAUGGGUAUCAUGACCAGAAAUCUUUUAUGAUUCUAUGUCACUGUGACUUUUGUGUGUAGCAUGCACCUGCAAGAGAAUUUCUCAAAUUCGUGUCCUGUCUUUCUGUCACUUUAUGCCUCUGUUCAUUUUUCUUGGUUUUGGGAUUUUAAAGUGGAUGGAUUGGUUUGGGAGCCAUGUUCAAACAUGAGAAUGGCAUGUCGCCUUCUUUUAACAACCUCCAAAGCUGCAUAUGGUUCAGGCAUUAUAAUAUUUAGGCGCGGAAACCGCUAUGAUAUGCUGCAUCAAUGACAAGCAAUUGUGGUCAAAUUGCCAACAUGUGACAUGCAAUGGAUAUUUCCAAUGUGUAAUCUUUUUUCUAAUGUGCAGAUGUCUUUUUGUUUCUUUUCAUUUUAGCUUAGUGCUGGAUGUGGACUCGUAUUUAUGGAGGACAAAUUGUACCACAAAGAAAUCAUGAAUAUUUAAUUUACCCUUUUAAAAACUGUUUUAAAUAAGAACACAUUAAAAAAUUAUCAAAGAUCCUUUUUAAUGGAGCAUUAAAUGGAACCUCAAAGAAUACAUUUAUUGUUGGGAUUUACGAAUCCAUCAUUAAACUGCUUUUAGCAGCCAUGAUAGUGUUUUUAAAUCGAUCAACUUAUUAGACAAUAGUUUAAAAGUGUUUAGAUAAUUCCUUUAAGAUUAGUAGUUUUCCGUAUUAAUUUCCUUAUUGCUUUUCCUUUGACGGAAUUAAUUUCCCAUGCUACUCUAACAAAGACAAGCCUUUUAAUCUUCUAAAGCUCACGCACCGACUGUGCCACUAAAGAAAUACACAGAGAUUCAAGCUCUUGUCUGUACGACAAUGUAGUUUUUAAGUUUGUUGCGUCUGGUGCAUGGUCUGGACGGGCUGUCGGGUACAUAUUUUCGUAGUUAAAAAGAUUUUCAAGCAUGUUAUUAGUUUAGCUUUGUCACCAUAUUAAAGAUUAUUUGUGGCCAAUUUCUUAGAACACUUAAUAAAGCUAUAUUUUACAAGAAAGUAUUCCGAAUGAAUGUACAAUAUGAAUUAAUUGUCUUCCAGUCAGCGGAUGGAGUGACCUAGAAUUUAUCUUGUGUUCGUUGGAAUUGGGGAAAACCAACAAACGUGAAUUAACUAAUCGAAUGUUGUCUCAGUGGGUGUAUUUCUCAAAAGUGCUUGAGUGUUUGUUUCAGAAAUCAGCACCUAGUUGUCCCACCAGCUAUUUUUGUAAUAUGGAAGGGGUGAAAAAAUGUACGCACGGUGCAUUCUGGAUUAGGACCGAUACAUAUGUCGGCCUAGGCCUAAUCAAUUCUUUUUUAAGAUCUUUAGCAUUCAAAUUAUUGCAGUCUAUUCUUUUCGUAGGCUACUCUGCUUUUGGCCUUGAUGGGGAGAUAUUUGAGAUAUUUUGAGCCCCAUUUUCCUGCGACAUUCCUGCGUCUCCCUCAGUACGGAGCCCAUUUCAGCACUGUGUCAGUCGACAGUUACAAUCCUACGAACGUCGUGAGUGCAGUGAAAGUGUGUUCACUGCACUGUUUCUGUCUGUCUUGGGCGGAAAUGGCAUAGAGGUCAUGUUUGUAGUUUUUUACUUAUCUACAAAUUCAUGAAACCUUAUAUGGUGUUGCCCAAUGUGAAGAAACCAUUCAUAUUUAAAGUUAUUACUAGUAUAAUUAUACAAUUCAUAACGUGUAUAUUCUCUUCAAUCAAAUAAAAUAGCAAAUAUAUAUAUCAGAUUGCACUUGACAAUGUUCUUCUCUACGUGCUUUGACAGUUUAAGAAGAAUUGCCAUGCAGGGGAGAGGCUUGGUAGCUUACAAUGUUUCCCUGCUUGUCUUGUGCCAACCUUACCUGGUUUGCAAGCUACAGAAGAAAUAUAGCGCUCAGAU